AUGUCUUCUGAGGAGGUUAGCUAUUUUGGCGUUUCACUAAUGUCUUUAGGGUGAGGAUAAAAUUGUGGUGUUGGGUCAAUCUGAGGAAUGGGAAAACUGGUAUAUGCGCACUUACAAUCCCGACUGCGAUGACAGUGAAACUCUGGGACAAAUGAAAAAAUGUUCGCGAACAGCCUUCGUGGCUAUCAAGGGUGGGCACUAUGUUUUUGCGAGUUUUAUUUGAAAUUUUUAUAAUAGACAAACUAUAAUGUCAGUGGUCCCAUGCACAUGGCAGCAUAUUAUCGACGCAUGCAAAAAGUCUUAUGGGCAGUUUCUUAAAUGAAGUGAGCUCAGUCAUUGAAAAAAAAGAGAUUUAUGGUCCUACCGUUUCGGGCUCAUGCUCUUCCUCUAUCUGAUGCCGAGUUCGAGCAUGAAUCUGAAAGUCGGAUUCUCCGAUCCAAAUCAAAUUAGAUUAUUUUAAAGCCAGAGGCUACAUUAAAUCAUUUGUUAUAUUGUUCUCCCCUACUCCUUCUGAAUUUUAAAAAAAGGAAGCGUGUUCGCCAUCGGCGGAAGACUUGAGGGUGAAUACUGCUCAACGCGAGUGGAGGAGUUCAAAGUGAAAGAGCGUCAGUGGAAGCCCAGAGCACCGCUCAUGGCUGGACGUGACAAUCAUGCGGCUGUUUCUCUCAAGAUAGGUGAACAGGAUGUUAUCCUCGUGUGUGGUGGAUGGAAUAAAAAGGAUGAGGAACUGCGCUCCUGUGAAUUAUUUGUAUCCCAAGAGGACAGGUAUGCAAGCCGAAAGGCAAUUAACACACCCACGUUUCAUUCUAAUGCUUACUUGUGGACUAGAAUGGGGUCGUUAUUAUUUAUUUUUUCACCGAAAACAUCAGUAGCAAGUGCACCAAAUCCGCAAUACCAUAUGCUAUUUCGACUGAAAAGUUUUGACAAAUCGAUCGAGAUUCGGUGAACAGACGAAGUACACGAGGAUUCGCAUCACCGUUUAUAUGAGAAUAAGCGUAUGGAAUCAAGGAAGUUAUCACGCUAUUAUGUAUGUGCUACUUGUAAUCCCGGGGUAAACAGUUCAUUUGCUUUACAAUUAAAGGGUGCUAUUUCGUUUAAUCACCUUCUUACAUGCUGAGAAUGAUUUUGGCUAGUUUCGGUAUAGCUGUGAAAUUUUGCUGAAUAUAUACAGUAGAUGUGCAAACUCAUGAAAUGUCAACCAACAUUUCGAAAUGCGUUCUCGUUUCGAAAAGAUAAAUUAAGUAGUGUUGUAAAACUAAUCUUGAUGCAGCAUAAAUCUAUAAUGGUCCAGUUACCUCAGGGUGUCGGCUUUCGAAAGAACUUAUUUUCGGCUGCAAGCAAGAUCUAUACUCUGCAAAAAAUGACUACUUAAGUAGUAUGCAAUUUGCUCAUUGAAUUUCAAUGCUCUUGAAAAUUCAAUUAUAUUUCAUGGAAAGCAUGCAUAAAAAUAUUCAUUCUUUUACUUAAUCGGUAGAAAAUUACGUCUUAUUCCAAUUUCAUACUCAAAAGAAGAGUAUAAUUCGGUUCUAAAAAAGUUUAUAAUUGUGAGAUUUUCUAGUACCGUUAAAUGGCCGUUCAUGAAACGUCAUGUAUCUGCAUUUACGAAUGUGGCUUGUAAAGUUAACAAUAUUGCUCAAAUCCACUGCUUAAUUUUAUGAACCUCAUAUGGUCUCCUCUUAACACCGUAGAGAAAUGCAUGGUUUUCCGUACACGGAAAAUAGGCAGCUUGUAGUUUUGAAACCCUGAAUGUAAGUGUAACAGCAGGUCGGGUUCAAAAUUAUUCUGGAAUAAGAACAGUUUUUUAAAACCGAAUUAUACUCUUCUUUUGAGUAUGGAAUUGGAAUAAGACGUAAUUUUCCAUCGAUUAAGUAAAAGAAUGAAUAUUUUUAUGCAUGCUUUCCAUGAAAUAUAAUUGAAUUUUCAAGGGCAUCGAAAAUCAAUGAGAAAAUUGCAUACUACAUACGUAGUCAUUUUUCUAAAGUAUAGAUCUUUCAUGCAGCCGAAAAUAAGUUCUUUCGAAAGCCCACAACCUGAUGUAACUGGAUCAUUACAAAGUUAUGCUGCAUCAUGAAUAGUUUUACAACACUACUUAAUUUAUCUUUUCGAAACGAGAACGCAUUUCGAAAUUUUGGUUGACAUUUCAUGAGUUAGCACAUCUACUAUUCACAUCUAUUAUUCAGAUGAGACCGGAAAAUACACAUACCGUUAUGGUUAGGCCACUUAAACGCAGUAGGGAACUCGCGCAUCUUAAACCGUCGGCCUCCAGAAGUCAGCCCGUGUGCCCUAUUCAUCAGCUACCCGAGUCAUAGGUUGUACGAUAUACCAUACUUGACAACACGGGAACUAACUAAAAGCUUAAACGCGUGUUUUGCCGAUAUUCUGCCACCGCAUGACAUGGCUGCGAGGGAUUCGGCCGAUCAGUGGGUCCCCUAGCGUUUCUAGUGUAGACAUUUACAUAUCAAAUUUCAGUUUGAAGCUGAUUGAAUUUAUGUUAGCGAUUAAUUUCUGACGAACUUAAGGAGCUGUAAUGCCUGCGUCCCACCUGACGCCUGCACAAAGUAGUCAGACUUCCACCCUGGCAAGUGGAAUUUCUCGCCGAGACCACAUGCGCUUCAAUGUCUCUGAAAAUGAACUGAGGCUAUUGAAAGUGAGUUAGAUGAGAUGAUAGUGACAUUUGUGGUCAUGCCCCUUUCACAUCUAUUCUCCAGAUUCCCGAGCUCAGAAGUAUAAGUGGUUCAGUAUGACAUGAUGGCACUGGUAGCAAACCCACAGCCGCCGAAAUCACUCAGCCCUUGAAACGCGGCCGUAACACAUUUUCCAGUUUAAAUAGGGCUCUACUAUAAGCGGAUCAGAGGUACAGAAGGUGGGCUAACUCAUGAAAUGUCAACCGAAAUUCCGAAAUUCAUUUUUCUUUUGAAAAGAUUAACUAAGUAGAGUUGAACAACUAAUCACCUUGUAGCACAAUUCUAUAAUAAUUCAGUUACCCCAGGACGCCGGCUUUCGAAUGAACGUCUUUCCGACUACAUGGAAAAACUAUACUCCAUAAGAAAUGAAUAAUUAAGUAGCAUGCGUUUUUAUGAUUAAUUUUCUAUGCCUUCAGACAUUCAAAUAUAUUUCAUGGAAAACAUACACAAAAAAUAUACAUUCGUUUUUUCACUUUGUAGAAAAUGACGUCUUCUUCCAAUUUUAUAUUGGAGAAAAGGGUAUAAUUGGGUUUUAAGAAAGUUUCUAGUUGUGAGAUUUUUUAAUACUGUGAAAUGGCCGUUCAUAAAACGUCAUGUCUCUGCAUUUACCAAUGUGGCUUGUAAAGUUAACAAUAUGGCUCAAAUCCUCUGCUAAAUUUUAUGAACCCCAUAUGGUCUCCUCUUAAUGUCAUAGAGGAAUGUAUGGCUUUCCGCGCGUAGAAAAUAUACGUCUUGUGGUUUGGAAACACUGAAUGCAAAUGUAACGGCAGAUCGGGGCCCAAGAUUAUUUGGAGUAGGAAAAGGUUUUGGAAACCGAAUUAUACCCUUCUUUCGAGUAUAAAAUUGGAAUAUGUGAUGUUCUGCCGUGUGAGCAAAGGAAUGAAUACUUUUGUGUAGGUUUUCCAUGAAAUAUAAUUGAACUGUUUGGGGCAUCGAGAAUCAAUGAGAAAAAUGCAUGCUACUUAAUUAGUCAUUUCGGACAGAGUAUAGUUUUUGUAUGCAGCCGGAAAGACGUUCAUUCGAAAGCCGGUAUCGUGAGGUAACUGAAUUAAUAUAGAAUUAUGCCACGAGAUGAUUAGUUGUUCAACCCUACUUAGUUAAUAUUUACGAAACAAAAACGCAUUCCGGAGUUUUGGUUGACAUUUCAUGGGUUAGCCUACCUACUGUACAUCAAUGGGCUAACUUAUCAAAACGUCCUUUAUAACCUCGACAUACGUAUGAUCCCCAAAUUUUGGGUGAGAUGCGUUGGCGAUAGCCUUUUCACCGCCGAAUAAGAUAGGAUAGAGUCUCUUAAGGCAUCAUGUAGUUCGAUUGUCUUUGCUAAGCCUUCCGUAACGGAGAAACGUCUGCCAAAUGCCCCUGUCCGCUGUAAAUCCAUCGGCAUUCUGUCGACAACAGAGUUAAGGAAAGCCGCCAGCCUUCAUAAGAACAGAGAUGAACUACUCCCUGGAGCUCUAGCUAAUUCAUGUUAGGCCGGGUCCGUUGGGUGGGACCGUCGGGUUCGAACGGAGUGAAAUGAGAUCGACCAGGCCUCAUAAGUGUAGUGCAUCCCACCUACGAAAGACGGAUUGGAGACUGUGGCUAGGUCUAUCGCGCUACACUGAGUGGGAAUUGUUCACAGGCUUGACUCAACUCUUGGGCAUCAGUAGACCCAUUCUUAACGAGGGAAAAAUAUUUGUUGUCUGCGGACUGUAGUGCAGCUGUGGAGACCGCAGAUACAGAGGACUGGUGAUGCCGUGGUCGCAAAUGGCGAGACAUCUCGCCCGAUUUAGACUGGAAUUGAUUAUUGUUGUCAUCAUCGAAGGAAGAGAUGUUACAACGUAGUUAUUUGGUGACUAUCCAAUCAACUUGUGGCAUUCUCAGUCGAUCAACAUCGACGCAGACGAGGUCGCGAAAAUGUCUGCAUUAAUGAAUCAUGCAGAGAGCGGUGGUCAACUCUCCGUCUGCAUCGACAGUGGAAGUCUAUACAGGAGGCAUGGCAACGCACGUAAAGCGCAAUCUUUAUAAGGAGGGACAUACACAACACACCAAUUCUUCAUAGAGUCAGUAAAGUCGAUGUUGGAUAAGUCAGACAGUAAACAAACUUGACACAACAAAAGUCAGUUCUUAUUCCGACGUGCAGGCAGGGGAACAAAUUAAAAUCAGGGUAAGGAUCGAGUGAAGGCCCCCAAGCAUCCGUGGCACACAGAAAAUACCUACUAUGCUUAUUUAUGUGAGUUUUACUCCGACACUAUUAUUUCGGUUUGGUGUUUCAUCGUACAAGGUUGGGUCGUCUGUUGUAGACGGUUUGGUGCAUUAUAUACAAUGAUAUCAGCUCAGAUAGUUGAGAAGCGAUCGUUGUAGACACUUAGUGUCUAUUUUGUUAAUUACUCUGCUUAGUUUCGGUUGCUAUAUGUCAACGCAUUAAAACCUUUCCGCCCGAAAAACGAAUUUACGAAUUAUCUAUACAUAUUUUGCCAGUCCUCUAUGCAUACAUAAGCCCGCCCGUAAAACUCCCAUUACCACCUUUCACGUUAGACAGGCAUCGUUAGCUGGUCGUGUGUGUGUGUGUGUGUUUGGGAUCCUUCACCCGUAGGCCUAAUUUUUUGAAAUGCAAAGUUUUCCUUCUCCCCUUACCACGUAAGUAAGUCGUUUUAGAACAAGCACCUGUCCGAGCGAGGAUUGUGAAUAAUCCAUUUAGGUGGCACAGCCUGCCUGAGCUACGAGAUAAAAGAGAAGGUCCUGCUGCAGCCGCGUUGCCCGACGGUCGCGCAUUUGUCCUCGGUGGACACGACGGUGCGAGCAGUAUCACGUCCGUGGAGUAUUGCCACUUUCGCCCAGAUUGGCAGGAGAGGGCUGUUCAGGAUACCCAGUUCUGGAAACCUGUUGCUCCCAUGCAUUCUCCACGGUCCUGUUUGGCUGCAGCGGCAUUCAAGGGGAAGAUAAUUGUCGUUGGUGGGUACGACGACCACCGUAGUUUGGACAGUGCUGAAGUAUUCUCGCCACCGACUGAUGGCCAGUCCUUAGGACAAUGGACCGAAAUCGCCACCAUGGACAUCUUCAGAUCUCCAGCUUCCCUUUUCGUUUACGAAAAUAGAUUAAUCGCGAUCGGUACGUUGACCCAGAGUUCUGAAAUUUGCGAUUAUCACGAAUUUAUCUCUUCUAUACGCUGUUUGCGGAUGUCUGUAUGAUUUAAGGGCAGUUUCAUGACCGGUCCAAGAAGCGUCAUUGAGCAGAAUGCAUCCUUUGCUGAAGAUGUAGUGCCUCCCUGCUACCAUGAUUGCAGCUAAUUAAAUUAUUUUGACUUGAGCAUUGUUAUCAUCCGAGCUUGCCCAGCAUUCUGCCGCUUUCGGCCCAAAGAAGGUUAAUUCUAUACGACAGGGGCGAGUGUCUAAGCAUUGUAGGGAAGAGGUCGCAGACGCACACGUUCAACUCCUAGUUUAGUAUGUCAUUAGUUGUAGGGCGGGUUUAGUGAAAGGAAAUGAACUUGAGAGACAGGCUAUACACGAAUAAGGCAAAAAACUUGUGAAUGUGCCUAUGUCCCCAGCCAUAAAGACCGGGUAAAUGCAAUAAAAGAGAGUUACAACGCUCUCAACUGACUUUAAAAGAGGCAAUGACAGAGGGCUUACGGAGGCGCCGGCAUCAAUUGGUGUAGCGUCGUUGUCCGCCAGCGGCUAAAAUGCGUUCACAGCGUUGUGCAAGGUCAAUUAAACCCAGUGGAGGGGAAGAAAGGCGUGGCUAGAGUGACACUGUGGCAGUUGGCUUUCGUGGUCGCCACCAACUCUCCCAUGCCGCCUUCAGUCCACCGAACAUCCCCUGUCAAUCAGUUGCUGCGCCUCGUGUGACUUGGUCCUGGCCAGGCGACAGCUUGGCGGCGAUCAACCCUGCAGCCUUUCGUUGAUUGGCUGGGGGCAGACAAAGCCCAGACGCACGACCGGCACACAGGUGGUAUGAACACAAGCUUCUACUGCCUCCUGGGCUGUGCGGACGCUUUCUAUUGCAGUAAAAGUUGCCCAAGUAACCUUAACUUCUCUGACUUUUGAUCUGGGGAACCUCGCGUUUUUGCGUGCCUACUGACACGUUAAAGACCUUCAACUCGUAACUGUGGCAUUUGCUCUUGUCAAAUCCUUUCUGACUCGCUCUCUCUCUCUCCAUUCAAGUACUCAAGAUGUAAUGGAACUGGUAUUCUAGCUUAGCUUGCCCGUGAACCCAAAAAGUCUUUGCAUAUUUAGUGAACAAGGAGAGUAUUGUUGCCAUGACGGCAGGUGUUCGUUUUAUAAUCCAUCCCAAACGCAAGUCUCCACCCAUUAACUCACAAAAGUGAAAGAUCAGCUCUCUGAAAUACUGAAACAUUAUCAAGAUCAACUGUCUUACAAAGUUAAGAAGAUCAUAAAGUUUUCUUGUGAUGCUCGAAUGCACUUUGGCAGUUUACAAACCUUAAUUUUAUUUGCAUCUGUUGAAUUAUUAAUGAAAGUCUUCGUGUAUUUAGGACAUGACGGUGGUUUGGAGACGGAGGUGGAAGAAUUAGCACCAGAGAAGUCUACCAGCGGACGAGAUGUGGACGAUUUGUCUACUUGGAAAUGGGUUACUAAACGUGUUUUAACUGGAUUCAACUCCGCUAGUGGAGCCGUAUGCGUCCACGUCUAGUACCUUUUCCACUCAGUAAAGUCUAAAGAACAUGACUAUUAUUUUUUUACAUUCCCGGACGAUUAUAGGCACAGCUUACCGUAAAACAGCAUGCCUUCUAAAGUUCGUAGACCCACGUGGUCAAUAAAGAAGGAAUUCAGGUACAUUUGCUGGUCAGAUCAACUAGUGCUCACCGGUCAUUUUAGCGACUUAAUUCGUCUGCAGCAAAUUCAAAGCAACUUUUUGACUAAAGCGGGAUAUUUGGCGAACUUAACCCUAAAGAAUAACCCACUCAAAAUUUAAAAGAGACAACAAGGUGCAUGGCGGAUUUUGUGGCGAGCAACAACUGUUACCGUCAACACUACGUGUUAUGAGCUGAAAAUUUAAAAAAAGGAAUCGGAAGGUAGAGCAGUUUCAAGAGGGUGUUUGGACAGAGCACUGGAAAAGCGCGCUCAGUCUUGGUUCUUUCCACAACCCGCACUGCCGGGUAGAAAUAGUAUCUAAACAAAAACGCGAAUCUCAGAAAUUUUCCUUAGGGUACCAACUUUAAUUAAACACUCUUAAGCCUAUUAACUUUUAAUCCAAACAGCUUGGCCUCCAUCUAGUUUGCCGCGCAUUUUACUCAGUUUGUCAUCAGAGUAAGCCAUCUCUUCCCCCCACCUUCCGAAACACUCCUGUAUGGGCAAACUGAUGUCACGGAAAUAACUGUUUACAGAAGAAAAAGGAGCCUCCAGCAAGUUGUAUACAGUCAAAAUUCCUGCGCUAAGCAGAUGAACAAACAGUCACCCUUCUAUGCGCAACUGCAGCUGAGAUUGCUUUUCGUCGCGACUGAGGUAUCCGUGUCUCGAUUAAAAUCGAUAAACCUCAAUAGCCUGGCAUACGAAUGAGUGAGUGGAAAUGGUGUAUACGGAGGCUACGUAAAACGUUUGUGCAACUGUAGCACGAGACAGGUAGCAUCAGUGAGUGGUCUUGUGCGGCACGGUUAAAAGAAAACGUGCUAGCAAGGACGAAAGGCAAGAUAAAGUGUUUGGCAUCGCACUUCUGUAGAGCGGGUAAGCGUUCUUCCUCGGGUGCAGCUCCUGCAAGCCCACAGAGCCUUCAUUCCUGUCUCACCGUACUGACAACACAGGUGCUAACUAAAAGUCCAGACACGCGUGCUUCGCCGACCUUGUGCCGCUGCCUGACGCAGCUGCGAGGGGUUCGGCUCAUAGAAGGGUCCCCUAGCCUUACUCGUGUGUUUUCUGGCAUAUAAACUUCAGUUUCACCUUGCCUUGUUUAAUUUCCGAGGAAAUUCGCGAUCUUGGAGUAAAUCAUUCGGAACAGACCUUUACAGGCACGGCCCAAGAUUUGAUAUGAAUAUUUGAGCUGAAAUUAAUCAACAACUGCGGCAUAACCGCGUAAUAUUCACAAACCGCCAGCAGGCAGCCAGUAGUAUACAAUUUUGCAAUUAUUUACCGUACUGACAACACAGGUACUAACUAGUACCGGUUAUGCCACGGUAGAUGAUAGAUUUCAGCUCAGAUAUUCAUAUCAAAUUUCGGACAGUGCCUGUAAAGGUCUGUUCCGAAGAAUCAACCCCAAGUUUGCGCAUUAAUUUCCUCGGAAAUUAAACAAUGUGAGAGUCGUGAUGGCAGCCACCUCUUUGGAUAACUCGGCUUAAGCUCUUCCGGCACAUUGGCCUCAACCAAGUCAGCGGGCUUUGCGCCGUUACUGCCACCGGGGCCAGAGUGAGAUAACUGGGGGGGGGGGGGAGGAGGGGGUGGCUAUGAGAUUCGUCACCGAAGUCUGCAUGACGGCUGUCAGUCUUCACAGAGUCACCAUCGCCACCGACACAGCAAUUGCAUUGGGGAAACGAUCAACUGAGACAGUAGAAGUCCUUUUUCAAAUCGACCGUAUGACACAAACUUAAGAAGAAUGUGAAAAUAAAUUCCGCCUUAUGGAGGUUAAUAGACACUGUUAAUCAAGUUUGCGCUCCGCGAGGCCGUACCGGUGUUCAGUUAAGGGUACCAUGCAAAUGGUGACUCCUCCUCAAGGUCCUAACCGACACCCAACUCUCAUCUGUGAUUCACCGAAGCUAGGCUCGGCCUGGCAACCACACCCCGGUGACCGCCUUGACCGGUUGGCUAAACCAGAUGAGGGUGUCGGGUGCUGUGUAUGUCCCCACACCCAGUAAUACUGUUCCCAUCCCAUCCCACCAUUCCUCCAUUGUCCUACACUCCUCCCCCAUCCCUCUCCUCCCUCCCCACUCCACUUCAAAAGUCUCACUGAUAGGGUGACAUACAAUCCCCUGAACGCCCAGACUAACUCAAGUCGCUAUCCACCAGACAAAUCCGUCAUCCAAAGUUGAGUUGGACAGUGGUCUGGGAUGUCUAAGCAACCCAAUUUAGCGAUGGCACUGCCUGCUCCCUCGUAGGGAAGGGGCCGGAAAAGGAACUCUAAAUAAAUGCUGGGAAAUUACGUCAUGUACUAGUAUACCGUGGUCCGUAAAUGCAGAACUCGCAGUCGAAAAAGAAACAAACAACAACAACUCUCGUCCCCCUCACCUCCAUCCCACUCCAUAGGCUGCUAGAGUGGGUCCGCUCACUCUGGCAGGCUGGAAUAUUCGCUCCAUUUUAGACAAGCCGAGGAGCAGACGUCCGGAACGCAGGACGGCCCUAAUCGCCCGAGAACUGGCGUGCUACAAGGCGGACCAACAUGUCCGAGCUGUCAACGAACAUCCAGCGCACAAGUCAAUGUUGUCGGACUCCUCUGGAUCCAAUGCACCAACAGCCCGACAACAUCAAGUUCUGUCUCCCUGGCCGGCCAUGUUCCAACCCCCAGCGACGUCCACGACGACCCCCACCUUCAUCCCCGGUCUCCCGUCACCGUCGACCACCUUUAUCUCCGUCAUCCCUGGCACAACCUCCGUGGUGACUACGACGACCAUCACAGCUCCCACCCCAGCUAGAGAUAUGGACUCGGCCCUAACCUGCCUUUAUUGCGAUCGCAUAUUCACCUCACGCAUCGGUCUGGUCGAUCACCUGCUAAUCCAUGGCACUGCGACCGGCGCCCCAGUGCCAGGAGCCCCCACCUACACUUGCCGCAUCCGCCUUCACUGUUCACGCACAUGUAUUCGCUGCCUGGACCUACCCGGUCACAUGUGUAUCCGCAUCAGCGAAAUCCGCCGUAAUGUUGAAAUACCUAGGAGACCUUGCACACCCACCAACCCCCACCUCCAGCCCAAUCAACUCCUCAUCGACCGGCGCAACCACCACCAGGAUCAUUACAGCGGCAACCGACUCAACAUCUCCCAGCCUAUCCUGCUGAUACUGCAGCCGAACAUUCAUCUAACUCAUCGGCCUGGCUGGUCACCUGCGAAUCCAUCGCAUAGAGCCUUCAGAACCGGUGCCUGGAGCACUAACAUAGACGAACCGCUGCAUCAACUGCUCGCAUUGCUCUUGCAUGUUUAA